AUGGCGGUCUUCUCGGACGAGGAGUGGGCCGAGACGGAAAAGGAGAUACCGCGGCCGACGGACGGGCUGGUGCAAAAGUACCUCGAGGGGCGCGCCGGGCUGGCGGCGCAGGAGGCGCGGCAGCGGAGCGACCACGCGUUCCGGCAGGCGCUGUCGCCCAUCGCGCGGCGGGCGUGCGGGGUGGUGGAGCGGAUGCGGGCGGCCGAGAGCGCGCGCGUGUGGAACGCCGGGCUCGAGGAGGCCAUCGCGGUGCGCGAGGCCGGGCGCGUGACGGUGCACCCGGGCAUGAUGUUCGGGCUCGCCAAGGACGCCAUGGAGACGACGGACCUGUGGCGCGUCGCGCGCCGCAUGCCCAAGGGCGCCCUGCUGCACGCCCACAACGACGCCAUGGUCGACAUGGGCUUCCUGAUCGCGGAGGUGCUCGCCACGCCCGGCAUGCACGUCGCCUGCGCCGAUUCGGACCUCGCCACGGCCGAGGCGCGGGCGGACUGCGCGCCUGUGUUUCGGUUCCUGAGGGCGACGCCGCCGGGCGCCGAGGGGAUGGACAUCUGGUCCGAGGACUACGUGCCGGGGACGUUUGUGCCGGCCGCGCGGGCCGCCGACACGUUCCCCGGCGGCGGCGGCGGCGGCAGCGACGGCGGCGGGGGAGGAGGACGGGCGGCGUUCGAGGCCUGGCUCAAGUCGCGCGUCACCAUCUCGCGCACCGACGCGACGGAGCAGCACCACGGGCAGGACCACAUCUGGGCAAAGUUCAUGCGCUGCUUCCAGAUCACGGGGUCCAUGCUGCACUACGAGCCCGUGUUCCGCGCCUUUCUGCGCCGCGUGCUGCGCCUGCUGCACGACGACGGCGUGGCCUGGGCCGAGUUCCGCCACACGUGGCCGCUCGACUACUGCCGCGAGGGCCGCGACCGGCCCGAGGAGGACUACAUGCACAUGUUCACCGUCAUCGACGAGGAGGUGGCGCGCUUCAAGGAGGAGAACCCGUCCUUUUGGGGCCUACGCAUGAUCUGGUCGUCGCACCGCGCCGCGCCCGCCCGGUCCAUGGCGUCCGACAUGGUGCUGUGCGUCGAGACCAAGCGCGCGUUCCCGCACCUCGUGGCCGGCUACGACGUGGUCGGGCAGGAGGACAAGGGCCCUCCCCUCAAGGACCUGUUCCCCAUCCUGGCCUGGUUCCGCAAGUUAUGUGCAGAGGAAGGGGUGCAGAUCCCGCUGUUCCUGCACGCGGGCGAGACGCUCGGCGACGGCACCGACACGGACGGCAACCUGUUCGACGCGGUGCUGCUGGGCGCGCGCCGCGUCGGCCACGGCUUCUCGCUCUACAAGCACCCGCUCCUGAUCGAGCUCGUGCGCGAGCGCCGCAUCCUCAUCGAGAGCUGCCCCAUCAGCAACGAGGUGCUGCGCCUGUGCUCGAGCGUGCUGUCGCACCCGCUCCCGGCCCUGCUGGCCAGGGGGAUCCCCUGCGCCCUCAGCAACGACGACCCGGGCAUGCUCGGCCACGACACGGCCGGCGCCACGCAUGACUUUUGGCAGGCCCUGCAGGGGUGGGACAACCUCGGCCUGGCGGGGCUGGGGUCGCUGGCCGAGAACAGCGUGCGCUGGGCCGCGUUCGAGGACGAGGACGAUGCCACCUGGGUCAAGGGGAUCAAGGAGGCGUCACUAGGGGAGGGCAUCAAGGCCAAACGGCUCAAGGAGUGGGCCGUUGCGUGGGAGGAAUUUUGUUUGUGGGUUGUUACUGAAUACGGCGACCGAUAUCUGGACGACGAGGAGGCUGUAGAGGCGGCGGGCUAA